ACAAUUUGGAUUUCAGUUUUCAGUUACCUUUUAAUUUAAAUUUGUUGGAAUAAGUUAAGCGGAAGCUAAAGCCGUACAAAAGGAGAAAAGAUGAUUAUGCAGCGGCGGAUUGGAUUCCUAUUAUUUCUCGCCACUCACAGCUCUGUCGACUGGGAAAGCUGCAAAAUCGCGAAGGUGUUCGUUCGUUCUCACUUCUCAGCUUCUUCUUCUUCGGCGGUUCCCCGGUUGAGAAAAAAUGGCGGAGGAUGGAAUCAUUCAGCCACCUGAGGAUAUUGCUACUAAAACUAUUGUGGAGAAAACAGCAAGUUUCCUUUCCAGAAAUAAGGUGGAUAAGAGUGAGAUCAUGCCCAGCGAUGUUAGAUACAAUUUCCUGAGAAGCAAGACAGAUCCUUCUCAUGCAUAUUACAGCUACAUGCUUUCUAAAUACUCUGAUGCUCAUAGUCAAGGAGGUGGAGGAGCUGUGGAGUCUAUUGGUGGUGCUGCUGUGAAUAUUGAACCUGAUGAUCACACCAAGGAUCUCACAAUCAUUAAUACACCUGCACAAGUCCCAGCUAUUACUCUUGCUGCGAGAGUAGCUUAUCUUGUUUCUACACAGGGGGUGGACUUUGAGAUGCAACUCAGAGACAGUCAAGUGAAUGAUACAAGGUUUAAUUUUCUUAGGGAUGCUUCACAUGUGUGUCACGCAUACUACCAGCGCAGCCUUGCCUACUUGUCUUUUGGGAAUAAAAGUCAACUCAAAGCUCGGGCACAACCUCCUCCUGUGUUCAAUACCCCUAACACUCAGAUCCUGUCUCUGCCUAACUUUCUGCAGUUUAGACUUCCUCAACGGAUGACAUUGAAGCAGCUCGAUACCAUUAAGGUCACAGCUCAAUUUUCCCUGUGGUAUGGGCAUUAUUUUGUGUGGGCUUUGAAAGGGAAUGUGACCCAGCUUGAGUUUCUUAGUCCAAAACAUAGCUGGCACCCUUUUUACAAUGAGUUUCAACGUGCCUACGAGAUACUGUUCAAGCCCCCCAAAGAUACCAAAGAACAGCUGUAUAAGAGUGCCGAAUACACAGACGCCAUCCAGAAAGGUUUCUUACAACGUAUUCAACUGGAUGAUCCUAUCAAGGAGCGUAAAUGGCUGGAGCAAGGGGAGAGGGCAAUGAUUGAUUGGCAUGAUGCUACAUCCAAACCAUUUGCUAUGAAGGAGGUUCAAGAGCUGCUACCACCUCAAGGACCAGAUCCUAAGAGACAAAAGCUUGAGGUCUCACUUCUGGUUCCAGAAACCCAAUUUCUCGCUCAACAUCAGGGUUUGUCUUCACUUACGGUUUCUUUUCCAAACCGACAAGCCGUUGUGAUCAAGGUGUCCUCGUUGUCCGCAAAUGUUGCAUCGUUGAAGCAGAUAAUAGCUGAAGUGAUCCAAAUUCCAGCGGACAAACACAAGUUAAGUGGAAAAUCGGGGGUUUUGAAGGACGACAACAUGACACUUGCACAUUACAAUGUGCGAGAUGGAGAUAUCCUAACACUGUCUCUGUGAGGACAAAGAUCGAUAGAUGGACAAGGCUUCUCAAAUCUCUUAACUCUAGAAGAAGGGAUUUCAUUUUCUUACUCGGUUAUAAAAGUUCUCUUUUCUUUUCCCAAAAGACGUCGUUAAUAUGUGUGUGAUACCCCUGCGGUUUCAGUUUGAUAACAAAGUAUGAAAACAAGUACUACA